AAAGUGUGCCGGAAAGCGCAGACGCUGAGAGGGUAAUACGCCAAAUGGCCGCCGAUGGCAACCAGCUGAUUUUUGGUACUACUUUUGGUUAUAUGGAGCCUAUGCUUAAAGUGGCAGCCGAUAACCCCAACGUAAAGUUUGAGCAUGCCACGGGUUACAAAACUGCUGCUAAUAUGCGUACGUACGAUAGUCGUACUUACGAAGGUGCGUACAUGGCUGGUGUUGUUGCUGGCGGUAUGACCAAAAGCAAUACCUUAGGCGUUGUUGGAUCUAUUCCUAUCCCUGAAGUUAUCCGCAAUAUCAAUAGUUUUACACUGGGAGCGCAGAGCGUUAAUCCCAAGAUAAAAACCAAAGUAGUAUGGGUAGGGGAGUGGUUUAAUCCGGGCAAAGAGACCGAAGCGGCUACCGCGCUUAUCAAUGGUGGCGCUGAUGUGUUGAUGCAAAACACUGACUCUUCAGCAGUUUUACAAACUGCCGAAAAAAUGGGUAAGCGCGCCUUUGGUUGGGAUAGCGACAUGACAAAAUACGGACCUAAAGCACACUUGGGUUCGGCGGUAAUUAACUGGGGACCUUACUAUAUCAAGGCCGCUAAUGACGUGCUGAACAACACUUGGAAAGAGGAAAAGAGCUGGUGGGGCGUAAAAGAAGGCGCUAUUGAUUUUGUAUCUAUGGCAUCGGAUGUGCCUGAACCUAUACAAACCAAAGUCAAUGAGGUUAAGGCUGGUUUGAAAGAUGGAAGUUACCAAAUUUGGAGGGGUCCCAUUGUGGAUAACACUGGCAAAGAGGUUUUGGCCAAAGAUGCGGUGGCAGACGAUGGGUUUUUGGGUGGAAUUAACUUUUAUGUAAAAGGUGUGGACGGCAAACCCAUGGACUCCAAACUCGUAGAAUUUAUUAAAAAAUUACCCAAAGCAGAGCUGCAUAUACAUAUUGAAGGUUCUCUCGAACCAGAGUUGAUUUUUGCCUUGGCCAAACGCAAUGGCAUUGCUCUGCCUUACGAUAGUGUGGAGAGCCUGCGUCAGGCAUAUGCCUUUACGGACUUGCAAAGUUUUCUGGAUAUUUAUUAUGCAGGCGCUUCCGUGCUGAUACAUGAGCAAGAUUUUUAUGAAAUGGGCAUGGCGUAUUUAGAGCGCGCCCACCAGGACAAUGUGGUGUAUGCGGAAAUUUUCUUUGAUCCUCAAACACAUACGCAAAGAUCGGUUGACAUGGGCGCGGUUAUUAAUGGCUUGUUUCGGGCUUGCCAAGACGCCGAGCAAAAGUGGGGGGUGCGCUCUAAGCUCAUCAUGUGUUUUUUGCGCCAUCUGAGCGAAGAAGAUGCUUUUAAUACUUUGGCGAUGGCCAAGGAUUAUCUGGAUAAAAUCAUCGGUGUGGGCCUAGAUUCUUCAGAAGUUGGCAACCCGCCAGAAAAAUUUGCCAGAGUCUUUGCGCGAUGUAGAGAGUUAGGUUUACAAGUGGUUGCACACGCUGGGGAAGAAGGGCCACCCGCAUACAUAUGGCAAGCAUUGGAACUAUUGCGCGCCAAGCGUAUUGAUCACGGGGUGGCUAGCAUUGAAGACGCUAAACUCAUGCAAGAGUUAGCACGCAGCCGAAUUGCGCUC